ACAAAUUGAAGCAUCAAGGCCCAAAAACAUGAAGAGCUGUGCUUCUCUCUGCUCUGAGAUCCUCCUCCAUCACCCACCAUGAACAACGGCGACCAGAGACGCUUAAACGGUGAAAUCGAAGAAGACGAGGAAGACGAGGAGAACAACGACGGCCUCGCCGCUUGGGAACGAGCCUAUGCCGACGAGCGUUCCUGGGAGUCACUUCAAGAGGACGAGUCUGGCUUGCUCCGCCCCAUUGAUAACCAGAGCCUCCAUCACGCCCAGUACCGCCGCCGCCUCCGCGCCGCCACCACUGCCCGGAUUCAGAAGGGUCUCAUUCGUUAUCUUUACAUCGUUAUCGACCUUUCUAAGGCAGCUUCAGAGAUGGAUUUUAGACCUAGCCGAAUGGGUGUGGUUGCGAAGCAUGUUGAAGCUUUCAUUAGAGAGUAUUUCUACCAGAAUCCGCUUAGUCAAGUAGGCCUUGUGACUAUAAAAGAUGGGGUUUCUCAUAUCUUAACGGAUCUCGGUGGGAGUCCUGAGUCUCAUGUUAAAGCUCUGAUGGGUAAACUGGAAUGCUCAGGCGACGCGUCCCUGCAGAAUGCAUUGGAUCUUGUUCAAGGGUAUCUAGAUCAGAUUCCUUCCUAUGGUCACAGGGAAGUUCUGAUCAUGUAUUCAGCUCUCAGUACAUGUGAUCCUGGGGAUAUAAUGGGAACUAUUCAGAAGUGCAAGAAAUCUAAAAUUAGAUGCUCAGUUAUUGGUCUCUCAGCAGAAAUUUUCAUAUGCAAACAUCUGUGCCAAGAAACUGGGGGCUCCUAUUAUAUUGCAUUGGAUGAGUCACACUUAAAAGACUUGAUAUUGGAACAUGCACCUCCACCUCCAGCAAUUGCAGAAUUUGCUAUUGCGAAUUUGAUUAAGAUGGGGUUUCCACAAAGAGCAGCAGAGAGCUCUGUGGCAAUUUGCUCAUGUCACAAGGAGGCAAAAGUCGGAGAUGGAUACACUUGUCCAAGAUGCAAAGCCCGCGUGUGUGAGCUACCUACCGAAUGUCGCAUUUGUGGGUUGACACUCAUUUCCUCACCUCAUUUGGCAAGGUCUUAUCAUCAUCUGUUCCCAAUUGUACCAUUUGAUGAGGUCUCUAUGUCACUAUACAGUGAUCAGCAAAACAAGUUACCUAAAGCUUGUUUUGGCUGCCAACAAAGUGUUCUUGGUCCAGGAAACAAACCUGGCCUUCGGGUUGCUUGUCCAAAGUGUAAGCAGCACUUUUGCCUUGAUUGUGACAUAUAUAUUCAUGAGAGCUUGCAUAACUGCCCAGGCUGUGACAGUACCAGGCAUUCAAAGAUACCAGCCGCAAAUGAAGGAGGAUGAAGUUCUGCUAUCCUGGAAUUGUUUGUGCUACCCUCUCCGGAAUUGAUUGACAUAGUUUUGCGCUUGC